UGUUUGACCGCUCCUAUGAGUUGAUAUGAUGCUAUUCGCGCGGUCACGUGACUUAUAUCAAAAUCUCUUGCGCUAGUCCCAACAUGGCCGUAAAUGUGCAAGCUCCGCGUGCGCGAACAACGCGGCGCGAGUCUCCAGAAAUUAUCAGCUACGACGAUAGUUCACUCGAACCAAUCUAUCCUCUCACCCAUACUUCCUUGACAACAAAACUGAAGUGGCAUAUUAAUCCCUGAUCAAACCAAGAACACAGAUUUCUCGCUAAUAGCUUCGGCGCCCCUCCAAUAUGGAGAGUUUCGAAAACAUCUAUCUCGACCUGUCUAAACAACCAGGAAAAUGCAAGCUAGCAGAGAGUGGUAUGGGAUGGCGACCAUCCGGUGGCGGAGAUACCUUCACUUUAGAUAGCAGCAACAUAGGCGCUGCGCAAUGGAGUCGAGCAGCUAAGGCAUAUGAGUUGAAGAUUCUCUCCAGGACAUCAGGUGUCAUCCAGCUUGACGGGUUUGAGCAAGAGGACUUCGAGCGACUCAGCAAAGCUUUCAAAGUCUGGUACGGUGUUGCAAUCGAGCAACGCGAACAUGCUCUGCGAGGAUGGAAUUGGGGCAAAGCAGAAUUCACAAAAGCCGAACUUGCCUUUAAUGUGCAAAACCGCCCUGCCUUCGAAAUCCCUUACUCAGAAAUCUCCAACACAAACCUAGCAGGCAAAAAUGAAGUUGCUGUUGAAUUCGCUCUGCCAACAGACGAAAAGACAAACGGCCACAUUGAAGGAAGCACAAAAAACCGUGGUCGGAAAGCCGCUGCUGGGACAGACGAAUUGGUUGAAAUGAGAUUUUACAUUCCAGGCACCAUAUUAAAGAAGGAAAAGGCCGACGGAAGCGACGUCAAGAAAGAGGGCAGCGAGGGAGAAGAGCAGGAGGAGCCAGAGGAGGGUGCAGAGGAGCAAAAUGCAGCAAACCUUUUCUACGAAACUUUGAUGGACAAAGCCGAGAUUGGCGAUGUUGCUGGAGAUACAUUUGCUACCUUCCUGGAUGUUCUACAUCUCACUCCUAGAGGUCGUUUCGAUAUUGAUAUGUAUGAAUCAUCGUUCCGAUUGCGUGGCAAGACAUACGACUACAAGAUUCAGUAUUCGUCGAUAAAGAAAUUCUUCUUGUUGCCUAAGAACGAUGAGAUGCACACUUUGAUCGUCUUUGGUCUGGACCCGCCACUCCGACAGGGUCAAACGCGGUAUCCUUUCCUAGUUAUGCAAUUGAAGCUAGACGAGGAAGUCAGCAUUGAGCUCAACAUGACAGAGGAACUACUGCAAGAGCGCUACAAAGACAAGCUUGAACCCCGCUAUGAGGAGCCUAUCCAUCAAGUCAUCACCAAGAUUUUCCGUGGCCUUUCGGGGAAGAAGGUCAUCAUGCCAUCAAAGGACUUUAUCAGCCAUCACGGUCACAGUGGCGUGAAGUGUUCCAUCAAAGCCAACGAAGGUCUAUUAUACUUCUUGGAUAAGAGUCUAAUGUUCGUUCCCAAACCAGCUACAUACAUUCAGAUGGAGAACAUCUCUGUAGUUACCAUGUCGCGUGUCGGCGGAGCCAUUUCUGCAAGCCGUACAUUCGAUAUUACAGUCAGCUUAAAGGGGGGUCUCGGGGAGCACCAAUUCAGUAACAUUAAUCGCGAGGAGCAACAACCCCUCGAAGAGUUCUUCAAAGCCAAAAACAUCCGGCUCAAGAACGAGAUGGUUGACGAAACUGCCGCCCUGCUCGCCGCCGCUCUCGAGAACAACGACCUUUCUAGUGAAGAGGAAAUUCAACUCGACCGCGGCUCUGCAGACGAGGAUGAGGAGUCUGUCGACGAAGAUUUCCAUGCUGAUUCCGACUCCGACGUCGCCGAAGAAUACGACUCUGCCCACGAAAGCAGCGGCAGCGGUAGUGAAGCCGAAAUGGAUGAUGCAGAUGCCGAUGAGGAUGUUGUUGAUGAGGAUGACGAUGAAGUGGAAGAAGACCGACCUAAGAAAAAAUCCAAAGUCGGAAAAUAAAAGAUUAUUCCGGCCAGUUGGUUCAUGACAUAUCCAGAAACAAUCAUGUAUCUUUCUUUUUUUUGUGUUACUUUUCCCCCGUCAAACGAAGAAAAAUUAAAUGAGCGUUCGGCUUGGAAAAGAAGGUUCUUCUGUUUCUGUAACUAUUCUAGGGAUAGGUAGGAAAUAGGGCAGUAUUGGGCAUAUACUUUCAUCAUUCUCUGUACCUUUACAUUUAUUUGAUCGGGCGUUCUGUCUUUUCUCUCCAACAUUGAAAACGGGAGCUUAUCAAAACUAUCAACACCACCAAUCAAUAAGUUAAUACGGAUCUACUU